AUGUUUUGUGUCUUUCCCUCUGGUGCAAGUUCGAAUAGAUUGCUUGAGGAGCCAACCCUUGUGCAUCCCACAUAUAACUGGUCAUGUGAGAAGCAGGGCGUGGUAGAGAAGUUUACCCUUUGUGCUGAUGCAAAUGGAUGGGAAGACGAUGAGAGAAAAAAGAAGAUUCUUCCGACAUAUCUAAAUGGGAGAGCUUGGAUUGUUUAUGAUCGGUUGCCAGAAGACAAGAAGGACACGUAUGAUCGUUUGUGUACGUCACUUAAGAAUGUCUUUUCCCCUGUUACAGCAGAGAGACGCCGUCUGGCAACGCGGCAGUUCAGGGAGAGAAAAUGGAAGACUGAUGAACCAUUGGAGGUUUAUGCAGGAGAGCUAGAACGUCUCCUGGACAGGGCUUAUCCAGCACUAGGAGCCGAUGAUCGGCAACAGCAGCUAGUAGACCAGUUCACCGAAGGAAUGCCACCAGCUGUACGUCGGGAAUUAGAACUUCAUGCACAGGCAACAUUCGAGGAUACCAUACUGCGAGCAAGAGAGCUAAUGCUCUUGGAAGACAGAAAGAAGGUACGAGCUCAGACUGUCGAAGCUGUCAAUGUGGUGAGGCAGGAUGUUACCCAUUCUGAUUACACAACUGAGCUGGAACGACGAGUGCAACAUCUAGAGGCACAAUUGCGGCAACCAGCACUCACAUGGUGUAAAGAGAAAUACCCACAAUUACCUCAGACACCACGAGGAUUGAACAAAAGGGAUCUGAUUUGCUUUCAAUGCAAUCAGCCUGGGCACCUACGCCGCAAUUGUCCCUUGUUCUCUGGUCCAAAACAGAUUGGGCCUUGCUAUCUUUGUGGCCAAAUGGGUCAUCACCAACGUCAUUGUGGACAAAGGCCCACUCAACCUCAAGGUCAUCAAGGAAACAAUCAGUCUUUGCACAGUCCAAUCAAUGGUGGUGCUUAG